AGUAAAUAAAUAAAUAAGCAUUCAAAAUAAACAUUUAAAAGAUAGCAGUUAUCUCUCGUCAAAUUUGAAAUUUGUUCUUAUGAAUUAUUAUCGUUCACUGAUAAGAUGAGUAUAAAAAUGAAAAUAUUCAACGUCUUUUCCGCAUGAUUUAAUGUAAAAUUAAAUGUUAAACAGUCUUUUUACGUAAAAUAUUUGUUAUUUUGUUUCUUAGGAUAAAAUAUCUAUUUAGAUAUUCUACAUGACAAUCGUCAUAAUUAAUACGAUCUUGAGUUAAUAAUAAUUCAUAAUACCGGAGAAUGCUAUAAUUUAGAAUUAAAAUUAAAAUUUUAUUUUUACGAUAUUAAUACUAUGCAUUCGGUUUCGCCGAACGAUGUAUCUGAAAAAUCGGAUGUCUGUCGAACAGUUGGGAAUAUGGUGACCAACGAAGAAGGAACAUUCGAAGGAAUUGGCACAUCCGAAUUCAAUUACAAAGAACAUUAUAAAGAAAUGAAAAGAAAAUUAAGACUUUUGAUCUACGUGAGUAUGUGUAGAACAAUAUUAAGAUACUCUUAUAAAUCAUAACCAAAAUCAAAUUUGUUGAUCCUGUUUUACUUAUUACGUUUUUAUUUUAUUGUCAUAUUCUAGGAAAACGAAAUUUUUCAGCAGACCCUGAAGACCACCCAACGUAAACUGCUAAGAGCGAUCAGAGAUAAAAAUGUACUACUGGACAGACUGAUACAGUACGAGCGUGUAGAAUUAAGCAGUAGCGAUGAUGAAUUGACAGAAUCGUCAGAUGACUGUGAUAGUGUAAAGCCAGAACCUAAAAAGUAAUUAGUAAUUAUAUCAUACAAAUCAAAUUUAUGAGAAAUAAUUUGUUUUUAUUUAUUUAUUAUUUUUGUGUUUGUUAUAAUAUUAGGCGAAAAGAACAUCCACCAAAUAAUUCUAUUGCUGGGUCCGGUAAACAACCUGUCAGUCCCCAAACAAAUACUACUAGUGCUACUUCAAAUCCGGCCAAGAAGCGAAAACCUUCUGCUCCAAAAGCAUCUAAAUCUGUACCAAUGGUAUUCAAUAUUCAACUCAAAUAUCUAGAUUAUUUUUUCAGUCAAAUUGUUACACCUAUUUUCAAGUUUACCGCAUGUGUGUAGAGUUGUAUUUAAAAUAUUGAUUGAUGAUACAUUAUUUUACCACUUCUUAAUAGUUUUUGGUUAUAUUUAUCAGUUGUCAUAUUAUUAUGACUAUACCUUAAACCAUAUUUGCUCCUCUCCCUCUGAAAUACAGUGUACAGUCAAGAGAGGAGAGUAAAGAAUUCCUCGCAUUACCUUAUCCAUUUUAUGCCAAAACUUCCUUAUCCUCCUCUUCACACCCUAUUUGUGGAUCAUAUACACUUACUACAAUUCAUUACUUUUUCAUCCAGCAUCAGUUGGACCGUAAUUAUUCUAUUUUACUUAGUUUAUUCGCUAUCCUUUUUAAAUCUUUACUAUUAUUCCCUCACUAGUCCUUAUAUUUGUCAAACCCAAGUACAUUAUUUUAUUUUUGCUUUCUCCUUUUCAUUUAGUUGCCUAUAAACAAUAAACACUUAAUUCUAGUUAAUGUUCUAACAUUUCGCGUGCUUAUUCUUACUUAUCUUAUAUCUAUCGCUCUUACCUAGACGCGGGUUCAAUAUUGAUGUUCCUACACCGUUGACACUACAAGAAUAAACAUAUUUAUAUUAAGUUAACUUUAAAACAUUUUUCCUUAUUGCUAUUGGGUCUUUUGAUGUAGAAUCCAAAAAUACAACUCUGCUAAACCAAAUUCAUAAAUUAUACACACCUGUAAGAAAUAAUAUAUAGUUGAUCAUUUAUAUCAUGAAGUCAGUUUAAUGUUUCUAUUAGAUGUUUAGAAAACAUUAGAAAUUACAAUAUAAUUUGAUGUCAUAAUUUAUAAAUUAUUUUCAAUAAAAAAUACAGCCCUAACACCUAAUGUAACAUUUUUGUUCCAGCCACUUCAGCCCAACGAACUCCAUCAUUCUGACAGUGUAUUAUCAGCACCAGAGAGUAGCAAGUCAACUCUCGACUUAAAAUGUGGAAACAGUAAUUUUAGCCAACAAAGUUUAACGACAGAUAUGUACAAUGAUAAUUUUUCGGUAAAAAGUGAAUCAAACAGUAUUUAUGACAUGGACACAUCACCUAGCAAUAUUGCUGAUGACAUGCUCAGUAUUGACAGCAUAGGGAAAUAAUAAUUGUUUAUAUGAAUUCUGCUUUAUUAUUUUUUAUUGUACAUAUUACAACAAGUGUAUAUAACUUAUACUUAUAAAAAAUGUAUUUUUUUUUUAAAAAUAAUGUAAAGCAAUUCAAAUAAAAUUGUUCACUCAUGUUUCAUCGGUCGUUUAAAAAUUGCGCGUAUUAAUGAUAAUAUUAUGACGUUCAGUACAAAUGCUACUGACAUUAUUAACUUUUACUUAUAAUAUAAAAUUUAUUAAAUAAUUAAUACAUAAUACGCAUUAAAAGAUAUUAUGUUCUUUAUUUGUAAUAUUAUAAUAUUAGUAAACAAUUUCAAAACAUUCAGACUUGACUUAAAUUGGCGUUAUAAAUUAUAUUCGUGUACAAAGAUUGUACGGAAAACAUUUUAUAUAUUCACUUAAAACACUAAAAUAUCAUAAAAUACACGGUACAUUCCUUUCAUUUUUUUUGUUUGUCUCAAGCAAACUUAAACUUCAAUUUUUCAGUUGGUUUCUUCAAAAGUUUUUUCAUGGUUUUGUAGUAUUUUAUUACAUGACCAGACAUUUUGGACGUCUACGACGGCGUUCUUCAGACAACUCUUUAGGAUGGUUUCGUAUAAUGCGCACCACCUACAAGAAAAAGAAAAUUACAUAUAAUAUUAUGAUUGUAAAAUAAACAAAGGAGCACAGUCACCUCGUGGAAGGCUCUGUCAAUGUUUUGCGGAGGGUCUUUAGCACUGGUUUCCAUGUACAUCAAGUUCAAACGGUUAGCCAUAGCUCGGCCCUCUUUCUCAGUGACUUUUCGCAAAUGGGCGAGGUCUACCUUGUUGGCAACCAGUAACAUUGGAUACUCAUCUCUUGAAAUGGGAAAAAAUAAUAUAAAUUAAUCGUUUGAGCAGAUAUUCUAAACCAGACAGCUCAAUUACUCGAAGAUACCUACUUACCUAUCUUUGACCCGAAGUAUCUGAGUAAAAAAAUUAGGAACGUUUGUGAAGCUGUUCGGGUCAGUCACCGAAUAGACAAUCAUAAAACCGUCUCCUUUUCUCAUGUACUGCUCCCGCAUGGCACUGAAUUCCUCUUGACCGGCUGUGUCCAACACU